CGGGUCCGGGAGCCACGAGUGCGGGAAGCCAGGGCCAUGGAGGCCAGGGUCAUGGAGCCCCGGGGCCUGGAGCCUCGAGGGCCAGGUCCCAACCCACGUGGCCCCAUGCCUGGUGGGAUACAGGGCCCUGGGCCACUUAACAUGGGAGCCAGUGGCCCGCAGGGGCCCCGCCAGGUUCCUAACAUGGCAGGGGCAGGCAUGCAGGUAGGAGUCAUUCCUGGGGCAGGAGUCCAAGGAGCUGGUCAGCCCGGAGGCUUUAGCCCUGGGCAGAGCCAGGUCACCCCCCAGGAUCACGAGAAGGCAGCCCUGAUCAUGCAGGUUCUGCAGCUGACAGCAGACCAGAUCGCCAUGCUGCCCCCGGAGCAACGGCAGAGCAUCCUUAUUCUGAAGGAGCAAAUCCAGAAGUCCACGGGGGCACCCUGACAGGCCUGGCAGGCGCGUGGUGGAGAUGCCGUCCGCCUGGACCGAGGCGAUGCUCCGUGACAGCCGCUUCCCAUUGCUGUCUGAGCUGAUGCUGUGUUUUGGGAGAGGUUUCUCCUCCCCCCCUAACGUUUUCCCUUCCCAUUCAUCCUUUUUUCUGUGCGUAUAUUUUAUGAUGUUUGAAAUAAAGUGGGAGGAGGGUUUGAGUAAA